AUGCUUGGAAGAAGAACGGAUGCUUAUUGGUACCCCCAGGAACCUUGGCCCGGGAGAUGGGAGAGCCGCUUUGCAUACGUCCAGGAACCAUGGCGAGAGCUUCCACAUGUAGUAAUUGAUGAGCGAGAGAAGGCGGUAUCGGUACAUGAUAACAUCACGCGCAAGAAAGAACAUAUUGCAAUCUAUACGGAUGGGAGUGGCUAUCAAGGCUAUAUUGGCGUAUCAAUGGUUAUCCCAGCCUAUGGAAAGCAACGUACGCAGUGCAUUGGUACAGAGGGUACGUCCACCGUGUAUGCAGGAGAAGCAUGCGGCAUCAAAUUCGCGCUUGAAACCGUGCUUCAAAUUGCAGAGCAAGACGUACGAAUCAAGAAGCCAGUUAUCUUUUCAGAUAGCCAGGCAGCGCUCAGAACCCUAAUAAACCCGCGUAUGGUCUCAGGUCAAAUGUACAUUCGUGAUUGUGUUGAUCUACUAAGAAAAUGCAUGGUUGAGGACAUCGAUGAUGCCUGGGAGAAAUUGUGGGACAAACAGAAGGCUGGGAAGCCUACCAAGAAACUUGUCACUCGGCCCUCCAAACGUACACUCCAGUAUUGGAUGUUCCUUCGGAAAGCGACGUCGUCUAUCCUAAUUCAGCUCUGUACAGAGCGAAUAGGCCUGGCCCAUUAUCUCUGGAGAAUUAACAAGCGAGAACAUCCAUACUGCGCGGGCGGGCUAUCUGGUCAAUCCGUGAAGCAUAUCUUCAUGGAAUGCCCACUGUACGCAGAUGAGCGUGCGCUUAUGUGGACGCGAAUCAAAGGAUUCCGCCGUACGACCGAUUUGCAAAAGCUGCUUAGCGAAAAGACAGCUGCGGUUGCAAUCGCACAAUUCAUCAUUGAUACGCAAGUGUUAGAUCAAUUCCGUGUGGCGGAUCCGGAAGCAAUAGGCAUGUAUGAAAGCGCAGGAACAGCAGCUCAACCAGGGCUUGCAAAUGACAAGGACACUGAUGUGGGAACACGUACAAAUGCACGCGAAGAUGACGUGCGCUCCAGGUCAGCCUCGUUGUCAGUAAUGACCAAUAUUGACACGAACACGAGCCUUGGAUCGAGGGAUUCGGAGCCAGCCAACGGGGACGUUAGUAGGGGACAUAAGGGUCGGAUUUGCGAAGGGUGA